AUGAGCUGGCGCGAGAACAACCGGACAUUGCAAAUUCUCUCGGCGGCGGAAAAAGGGGGCUAUGGAGUCCUAGCAGCUAUCGUAUAUAAUGUAGAACAUAUCACAGCAUUCGUACAGGCAGCAGAGCAGCGCCGGUCGCCUUUGAUUAUUCAACUGUUCCCUUCAUCGCUCAAACAAACGCCCUCGCUGGUUUUUGCCGCCGCCGCAGCGGCGCGAAACGCCUCAGUUCCAAUCGCUGUCCAUCUAGAUCAUGCACAAGGAUAUGAGCACGUCAGAGAAGUGGCAGACAAGCUCCCAUUUGACUCGAUCAUGGUGGACAUGAGCCACUAUGAAAAAGAGGAGAAUCUGGAAAAGACUCAUAUCCUGCGCGAGUACUGCCACGAGCGCGGGAUCUCGGUAGAAGCAGAGACGGGGCGGAUAGAAGGUGGUGAAGAUGGCAUAAUGGGCACGGGGGAUCUGGCUGCGAUCCUGACCAACCCAGAAGACGCUGAAGAGUUCAUUGCUGCGGGAGUGGAUUUCCUGGCUCCGAGCGUUGGUAACAUUCAUGGCGACUACGGGCCGAAGGGACCAAAUCUCGACAUGGAAAGACUAAACCGAAUUUUCAAAGUCCUGAACGGCCGGGUGCGAUUGGUACUGCAUGGCACCAAUGACUUUUCUCCCGAACUGACACAGUCCUGCAUCCAGGCCGGGGUGACCAAGGUCAACGUGAACAAGGUUGUACUGGACCCGUGGCAUGCCCACCUGAGGGCGAAUGUUGAUCGGCCUCUGACGGAGCUCAUGGAGGAGGGGAUUCAACUCCUGGCCAAGGAGAUGGGGCGGUGGAUGGAUAUCGUUGGUAGUAGCGGGAAAGCAUGA